AUGCUUUUAACCGAGGUUUAUAUUGAUACGGUCGGAGAUCCAGGGAAAUAUGAGGCAAAAAUGUCUAAAAAUUUCCCAUCUAUCAAAUUUGUGGUUGCUAAGAAAGCUGAUAGUCUUUAUCCUGUUGUCAGUGGUGCAAGUAUAGCUGCAAAGGUUACGAGGGACCGAGCUGUAAGAGAUUGGGUGCUCGAUGAGACUGCUGAUAAUAUACACAGGAACUUUGGUUCUGGAUAUCCUGCAGAUCCCGCAACCAAGUCUUGGCUAGAAAAUCACAAACAUUCUAUCUUCGGUUUUCCAACAUUGGUUCGGUUUAGUUGGGGAACUUGCAGCACUUAUUUUAAAAGUGGUGCUGAAGUUUUAUGGUCUUAAACCCUAACUAUUAAAGACUUUGUUUGUUCAAAAUUUCUCAAACCUCAAAGAAUUUUUGAACCUUUCAUUACUAGGGAUGAAACAUAAAAUGAGUGUUAAAUUGGUUUUAAAUUUGGGUGGUUAGAGGUUUUCAUUAUAUAGAAUGCC